UGUGUGUGUGUACAUGUGUGUGUGUGUGUGUGUGCGGUGCGCAGGAAGAGAGAGACAGAGGAGAAGGGAAGGAGGGAGGGAGAAAGGGGGGAGAGUGUAUCAUGCGUGUGCAUUAACUGAGCACCAGGACUGGCUGUGAGAGUUGGAGGGAGGGAGACAAAAAAAAAGCUCUGGCACAGACAAAAGCAGCACACUCUUUCUCCUUUUACCGACUGCACAGAGACGAACCGGCCAAGACAAGAGGAGGAGCAAGAACGCACACUGACAUUCAGGCACAGGCGCCUCUGCCUCUCUGUCUUUGGGAUUUCCAUGUGUUAUUGCCUCCACACUGGUUGAGGAACAGGAUGUCUGUGUCGGGGAAGAAGGAGUUUGACGUGAAGCAGAUCCUGAGGCUCCGCUGGCGCUGGUUCAGUCACUCCUCACAAAGUUCAGCGGGGAAUGGAGGCUUUCUCCAGCCGGACGGCUUCGACCACCGGGGGACACCUGUGCAGGGCAGGCUGAAGAGUCACUCCCGGGACAGAGGAGGGCUCCGAAAGACCAACAGUCCGGUGCACAGCAUCCUGGCACCGACCCCCGGACCCACGCCUGUCUACGUGAGACCCAGCCAUCAAUCAUGGAACCAACACAAUAUAAUACAGCAGCUACAGAGCGAAGAGGAGCUCCCCAAAUCCAGCUCGCCCACCAACAGCGGGAAGGAGGAUGCCAACAGCAGCCAGGAGACGGUGAAGAGCAGCCCAGAGGACCCUCUGGAGGAGGCAGCCAAAGAAAGGUUGACUUUGAGCAGCUAUUCCAAGAUGAGCACGAACUGUUCAGAUGAGUUUUUCCAAGCCACAAAUCACGCAGAGCAGACCUUCCGCAAAAUGGAGACCUACCUUCAGCACAAGCAGCUGUGUGAUGUCCUUCUGAUCGCUGGGGAUCAUAAGAUCCCUGCUCACAGGCUCGUUCUGAGUGCCGUCUCUGACUAUUUUGCGGCCAUGUUCACCAAUGAUGUAAGGGAGGCGAAACAAGAGGAGAUCAAAAUGGAGGGCGUUGAUCCAGAGGCACUGCGAUCACUGGUUCAUUUUGCAUACACUGGGGUCCUGGAACUGAAGGAGGAGACCAUUGAAAGCCUUCUCGCUGCUGCCUGCCUUCUGCAGCUCCCGCAAGUGAUUGAAGUUUGCUGUAACUUCCUAAUGAAACAGCUCCACCCGUCCAACUGCCUGGGAAUCCGCUCAUUUGCUGAUGCACAAGGAUGCGUGGACUUGCUGAACGUAGCCCAUAAUUACACAAUGGAAAACUUUCUAGAGGUGAUCCAGAACCAGGAAUUCCUGCUACUUCCUACCAUGGAAAUAGUGAAGCUCCUGUCCAGUGAUGACAUAAACGUUCCAGAUGAGGAGACGAUAUUCCAGGCUCUGAUGACGUGGGUGCGCUACGAUGUGCAGCACCGUCAGCAAGACCUGGGUGUGCUCCUGGCUUUGAUCCGACUACCUCUUCUGCCGCCUCAGCUUCUGGCUGACUUGGAAAAUAAUAAAAUGUUUUCAGAAGAUCUGGAGUGUCAAAAGCUUCUCAUGGAGGCAAUGAAGUAUCAUCUCUUGCCAGAGCGCCGGCCAAUGUUACAGAGCCCAAGAACCAAACCAAGGAAGUCCACUGUUGGCGCUCUGUAUGCAGUGGGAGGGAUGGACUCGACAAAAGGCUCAACUACAAUAGAGAAGUAUGACCUCCGAACAAACACGUGGAUUCAGGUCGGCAUCAUGAACGGGAGACGUCUGCAGUUUGGAGUUGCAGUGAUUGACGGCAAGCUCUAUGUGGUUGGAGGAAGGGAUGGCCUCAAGACCUCCAAUAUGGUGGAGUGCUAUAACCCAAUCAACAAGGUCUGGUCCACCAUGCCACCGAUGUCUACCCACCGGCAUGGUUUGGGCAUUGCAGUGCUGGAAGGACCCAUGUAUGCAGUAGGGGGACAUGAUGGAUGGAGCUAUCUGAACACAGUGGAGAGAUGGGACCCCCAGGCGAGGCAGUGGAAUUAUGUGGCCAGCAUGUCCACCCCGCGCAGCACUGUGGGAGUCACGGCUCUCAAUGGGAAGUUGUUUGCAGUAGGUGGUCGCGAUGGAAGCUCCUGCCUCCGGUCAAUGGAGUGUUUUGAUCCCCACACCAACAAGUGGAGUAUGUGUGCACCCAUGUCCAAGAGGAGAGGUGGAGUAGGUGUGGCCACAUACAACGGUUUCCUGUAUGCAGUCGGAGGGCAUGACGCACCAGCUUCAAAUCACUGUUCUCGCCUUUCCGACUGCGUUGAAAGAUAUGAUCCAAAAACAGACACCUGGACAACCGUGGCGUCUCUCAGUGUUCCCCGAGAUGGUGUCGGUGUCUGUCUUCUAGGAGACAGACUCUAUUCCGUCGGGGGAUAUGACGGACAGUCUUACUUAAGUACUGUGGAAUCCUAUGAUGCUCAAAACAACGAAUGGACAGAGGAGGUCACACUGAAAAUCGGAAGGGCUGGAGCUUGUGUUGUGGUUGUAAAACUGCCUUGAGAACUCUGAUGUUCCCCAUGGGAGACUGGAGAUAUAGGCAGGAGGAAACAGCAGAGGACUUUUUUUUUCAAGGACAGAGACGUACUGUAUGCUUAUCAUCAGGCACUGUGUUGAUGACAAGGAUACCAGAGUUAUCAGAUCAAUCCUUUGCUUUUUAACAUUGAUUAAGAUCAAUUAAGAUCGGCAACAUUCAUUUUGUACAACGAGGAUCCAAAAGCCUUGUUUCAGACAGCAGUGACUGUUCUCACUGAGGGAAGACACAAUCACUCACCAAAAUGUGAAGAGGGUGCAGCUAAAAUGUUCUAGACAAAGCUACAAAAUAUCUCAUCACUACACUGAAAUCGCUUCAUGAUUACAUCAUUGUACUUCUUUAAAGGUUUCAUUAUUCCAGCAUUUUAGAUGCACACUAUAAAUCUGUAUUUUGAGACAAAAUAAGUACUAACAUGUUUACUUCAUUUCUAGAUGUUUUGUGUACAAUGUAUUUUAGUCUUUUUAAGAAAUCACUGUGAAUAUUUCAGAUAUUGUGAGCUUGCAACAAAACAACAGCUGGGUUACGCGAAGCACUUGCAAAUACUCAUGACAUGCACAGUUGACAUCCUGAAGCUGUCUUUGUCUAAAACCCAAAUUUAGCACGCAUCUACCGAUUAUUAAUAUUCAUUUUUUUUGAGUAGCUGACAAACACCAAAGUCAUUAGCACGCUUUAGGGGUCUUGUCUUGAUGUCGAUGAAAUUUACACGAUAGUGAAUAUGCAACUAUAUCAUAUUGAUAUUUCGCUUUACUGCUAAGAUUUUUGAAAAUGUGCCAAUGACUGCAACCAUGUACUUCAUUUCCAGCCGGUGUUCUGACAUUCACGACGGGUUUUCUUUUUAGAGCAUGCUGCUUUGAGACAGUUUUAUGCUUCUCUGCAAUACUUUGAAAAUUGGUCUCUAUUUUCAUAUGACUCUAAGGCUGAUAUGAAGCGAUAGCUUUGUUGGUAAAAUCCUAAACUGACACAAGGGGAAACUGGCUCUUGUUACUGUAUAAAAGCACAAGCGUGCGUUAAGAAAACAAGAUUCCACGGAGUGAUUUUGUGAGGCUUAGCUGACCCCACUGCCAGAGUGUUACUAUGACAGAUGAAUGUUUGAGCUAAAUACCCAAUAUUAUCAAAGACACUUUAAGUCUGUUUGCUGUGACGAAGAACUCUUCAGCACUUGGAAAGGCCUUAUUGAUGGCUCUGUCUGCAAGAAACAGAGAUCUGUCCAGCCUCUUACUGUGGCAAUGGAGUCUUCCAUUCUGGGUUUUAGAAAUGCUCAAAUGAUUGGGUGUGUAGUCGAGUUAUCCUGCAAGCUAAUGGUAGGGCUUUUAGAUAAUAGGGAUGGUUACUAGGAUCUGAAGAAGUAUUCCAGCCAUACAGAACAUUCUUAAGAAGAUGAAGUAUUUAUAAUUGCAAAAGAUGUGAUGCUUUUAGGAAAGUUUUCAAUUGUUUUUCAUUAUUUUAUAUAGCAUGUGGGCUUACAAAUAAACAUGUCCAUUCUCUUUUCUGAAAA